AUGGAGGAGGAGGAUACCAUGUGGGAAGAGAUUUUUCACAACACACUGGACCGCAUCCUGAAGCGACACAUGAGCCUGGAGGCAAAUGCUAUGAAACAACACGAGGAGCUGCAUUUGCCGUCUGCUGAAGGCAUCCCACUUGUGGCAGGAGCUUGGAUGGGUCGCAGAAUUGCCGUCUUCACCAGCGGAGGAGAUUCCCAAGGAAUGAAUGCUGCAGUUCGUGCUAUAGUCAGGGUGGGCAUGUACCUGGGCUGUAAGGUAUACUACAUAAAAGAGGGAUAUCAAGGCAUGGUAGACGGUGGAGAAAAUAUUGAGGAAGCCACUUGGUUUAGUACGUCUAAUAUGAUACAUGUGGGAGGCACACUUAUUGGAAGUGCACGGUGCAUGGAUUUCAAAGAACGUUGGGGCAGGUUGAAGGCUGCACAGAAUCUCAUAGAACAUGGAAUCACCAAUCUUAUUGCCAUUGGUGGUGAUGGCAGCCUUACUGGUGCUUACUGUUUUCGAAAAGAAUGGCCCAGUUUACUGAGAGAGCUAGUAGACAGAAACAUUCUGAGCCAGGACGUGCUGACUGACUGCUCGUACUUGAAUAUCGUUGGCCUGGUGGGCUCCAUUGACAAUGACUUUUGUGGGACCAGCAUGACCAUUGGGGUGGACUCAGCACUGCAUAGAAUACAGGAGGCGGUGGACGACAUCAUGACUACAGCCGUCAGCCACAAGAGAGCUUUUGUUCUGGAGAUCAUGGGACGAAUGUGUGGUUACCUGCCCCUGCUAGCAGGCAUAUCUAGUGAAGCCACAGCAAUAUUUAUACCAGAGGACCCGCCACAAGGAGACUGGAGGCAGAACCUGUGUGACCAGCUUAUUGAGAAAUCCAAAGCUGGAGAAGUUCGCAGGACACACAUUAUCCUGGUUGCUGAGGGAGCCAUUGAUCACAGUGGAAAUCCUAUUAAGUGUAACGAUGUCCAGAAGGUCCUCUCUGAACGUAUGAAGAUGGAUGUACGUGUUACAGUGCUGGGUCAUGUGCAGCGAGGAGGAAAUACUUCUGCCUUUGAUAGACUAUUGGGCACAAGAAUGGGAGCUGAGGCGGUCGUAGCACUGAUGGAGUCAUCUCCCGAUACGCCAGCGUAUGUUAUCAGCUUAGAUGGAUAUGAAAUUGUCAGAACACCAUUGAUGAAAGCUGUAGAACAGACCAAGAAAGUUGGAGAGAUGCUGGAGGAUAGAAAUUUUGAUGAAGUUGUGAAGUUACGAGGCCCAGUUAAAUCUCUUUCAGCAGUAAUACUAAUCAUUCUGAUGUAUAUCAUUCUAAACUUACAGAGGAUGUAUCGAAUUGCGAUGGUACAUGUUGGACAUCCAGCGGGAGGAAUGAAUGCUGCCGCCAGAGGAUUUGUGGGUGUGUGUGUCAGCAAGGGAUAUGAGCCUGUGUUUAUAUAUGACAGCUGGAAGGGCCUCUGCAAAAACAAGGUCAGACAUGUUGAGUGGAAUGAUGUUCAUCAUUGGACAAGUGCAGGAGGUUCACUCAUCGGAACUUCUUGGGAGACAGCUAGUGAAGUGGGUAUCCUGCAGAUAGCAAGAAAACUUGAUGAGCAUAACAUAUCAGGCCUGGUCAUUGUUGGGGGAUUUGAGGCUUUCCAAAGUGCAUAUGAGAUGUCUCAGAAAAGGAAGGUUUACCCAGAACUGUGCAUACCAAUCAACGUCAUACCCGCCAGUAUUGCAAACAAUAUCCCAGGUGUUUCUGUGACUAUAGGCUGUGAUACAGCCAUGAAUCAAAUAUGCAAA